UAAACGCCUGUCAAAACCGUUAACAAACACGCAAGGGAAGCCAAAGGGCUCAAAGAGCUCUUGUUUUAAAUAUAUCUCUUAAAUAAUAUUAAUAUAAUGUUAUUCAUGUGUUUUAUAUUAAAAAAAUAAUAAUCUUUAAAUAUUUUCAUUAAAUACAUUAUUAGCGUCUAGGAGAAACUCAAUUUUCAGUCAUGUUUUUUCAAAUAAAUGUCACUCCUAAAGAAAAGAAGACUGAGUCUUCUAAAGGGGUUGAUGCUAAACAAAUUAAAGAUUUUUAUAUAACUUUGGCUCCAUUUCAACCACAGACGCGAAUUUCUAUGGAAACACCAAUAAAUACUCAAGUAGAAUAUUUUUUACAUAUUAAAAAUACUGGAAAUCGUUCAUUAAAUGUAAACGUAACAAAAAGACCUCCACCAGAACGAAACGUGGAUCUCAAUUUCACCAGUGCAAUGAUAGAGGCAAACAAUGAAGUCAAUUUAGAAAUAACUUGGUCUCCUUCAGAAGCUGGUUCUUGGCGUGAAGUUCUGCAAUUAACCGAUGGACGACGUGUAAAAUAUGAAAUUCCACUUGUAAUGCAGUGUCAAGAUUUACGAAAAAAAGAUUCAAAAUUACAACGAAACGUGAGAAAACCACUUAUUUCAAAAUCAAAUACAACACAACAAUUGUAUUCAUCAAAAAAUAUUGUUCGUCAAAAAGAAUCUGAUAAAUAUCAAAUUCAACCAAGAUCAAAAAGAACAAGAAUCGAUACAUAUCACGAUGAGCCCGAUAAGGAAAAUAUGAAAACAAAAAUUAAUAACGAAAAUGAAUCAAUAGUAAAAAAACAACGUAAAGAAAUUUUAAAUGCCACUUCAAUAAUUUCCACCGAUUCUUUUGUAUUAACACCAGUGAAAUUCAACAAAGAUAAAUUUUCAUUAACAAAUAUUUCAGAAAAUGUGAAAUAUUCUAAAACAUUGGAAAAAAAGAAAGAUUAUAAUUUUUCACCGCAAGAAAAUUUUCUCUUAAUGGAAGAACGUAUUGAAAUGAAAACAUUGAGACGUGAAACAUAUGUGAAAACACCGAAUCGUCGAAAUUUAUUAACAAUUGAUGAAAAAAGUGAAAUUUUUGACGAUUCUUUAUCGCCAGCUGAGGAGAAAUUUGAUUUUUCUCAUUUAAUCGAUAAUAUCAAUUUUACGCCAAGAUUUUCUGUUUCACCAGAGAAUUCAGUUUUUGAAUUUUUUCCAAAUAGUUCCAUUGAAAAGAAAGCAAAUAGAACAUUUGAAAUUGUUGAGGAAAAUGAUAAGGAAAAAAUUAUACUUCCACCAUCGCCAAAGAGAAAAGUAUCAACAUUUUUAAAACCAACUCGACUUGCAAAUAAUUUCGAUGCAUUAACACCAAUAACACCGGCGCCACAACGUAAAGUUGAAUUUGCCUCAUCGUCACUUAUUUCAAUGGACUGUUCAAAUUUUGCCGAAACACCACGAAGAGUCGCCAAUAUUUCAUAUCGUGAUUUAGACACAAGUACAGUGAAAGAAAUUCUUGAAGCCGACAUGUGGAUAAAACCAGAAAAUAUUGUUCCAGUUCGUCGUGAAAAAAGAAAGGAAAUUUUAAACGAUACUUUUGAAUUAACUGAAUCAAAGUCUUUUCAUUUGGAAAUUUCACCACCAAAAGCGAUAAAUUCAAAAGCUUCGUGUAUUUUGGAAAUUUCACCACCAAAAGCAGGAAAAUUUGCCAAUAAAUCAAUGAUUGAUAAAAUAAAAAGAAUAUCACCGACAAAAAGUGGUAAAGUAUUAAAGAAAAAGCAAAUUUGCAAUUCGUUUAAAAAUUCAAUACCAGGUGUAAGAAUAUCAAAUCUUUCUCUCGCUGGUAUUAGUAGAAAAAAAAUGAAUCAAUCAUUAAAUGUUUUAAAAGAAACAAGCGUCAAAUUACACGAUCCAAAUGAUUUUGUCACAAAAUUUUGUAAUCCUGAUCCAUUUGCAGCGACAAUGACUGAGGAUCCAUUUCUUUCUUCAACACUCUACUAUGAUGAAAAAUGGGUUUAUCAUCAGGAAUUAGAAUUCAAAAAAUGGCUCAACGCACUAAUGACACCGCCAGAGCAUUUAAAUACCGAUGUCGAUACAAAUUGCGUCGAUAUUGGUAAAGUAUGGCAAUCGUCAAGACAACAGGAAGAUUGUGUAUUAGCCGAAUCAAAAGAAUCAAUAUCAGCUCGUAUUCACACCGAUUCACGUUUAAAUACAUUGAGAAAAGCCGCAUGCAUGAUGUUUCAUAAUCCUGAAGUCUCAAAUAUUCUUUCAAGAACAACUGUUUGUGUUGAAAAGGGAAUUUUAUUAAUUCGCCAAGAUCGUGAUCUUCAUCGUAAUAUUGGCCUACAAAAAUUAAUACUUGAACUUUUUUUAAGUUACAAUCCCCUAUGGUUAAGAAUUGGUUUAGAGACAAUUUACGGUGAGACAAUACCAUUACGUUCAAAUAAUGAUUUAAUUGGUCUAACACGUUUUUUGCUGGGACGCUUUUUUGCCGAUCAAUUUAUUAUUCGACAACAUUCACAUCCAACAAUUGUUGGUAUGAAAUUGCCAACAUUCACGCAGAGUAUGAACAAAUUUAUGUUGAAAAAAUUUCUCUUAUUUGUAUUCUUUUUGGAUUUUGCAAAAACAAAUAAAUUGAUUGGUCACGAUCCUUGUUUGUUUCAUAAGAAGGCAACGCACAAGGAUACGAGAUCAAUUCUCUUGUCAUUUUCACGAGAAGUAUUAAGUGGAAUGGGAGAUAUUACAAGAGUUUUAAAGGCCUACGGAUAUAUUGUCAGUUAUAAGCAGACCUAUCUCGAUGAAUUUGAUUAUGCUGUCAAGGACAUGAGUUCGGAUUUAAGGGACGGUGUUCGUCUAUGUCGUACCAUGGAAUUGAUCACAGGAAAUCGAAAUUUAACCUGCCAAUGUCGUGUGCCAGCAAUUUCUCGUCUUCAAAAAGUUCACAAUGUAAAUAUUGCCCUUAAAGCACUUCUCGAUUCUGGUUAUAAUUUAGCCGGUGAAAUUGAUGCAAAAAGCAUUUCCGAUGGUCAUCGGGAAAAAACACUUUCCCUCCUCUGGCAAAUUAUUUACAAAUUCCAAAAACCACGUUUUGAGAAAGCGGCAACAAUAAUUCAAAAUUGGUGGCGUUCAAAAUUAUGGUAUAUACGUGUGAGAAAUUUACUCAAAAAUCGAAAAAUCAACGCCGCUUGUUGCAUUCAACGUGGAUGGAGAUGUUACAAAUCAAGAGAGAUUUUGAAAAAACUACAAAUCGAGUACGAGAAGAAAAUGAAGGUUCAAAAUUCAGCCGCAAGUGUUAUUCAAAAAUUCUGGUAUCUCCAAAAAAAAGGGAAAGAAGAACGUGAAAAUUUCCUCAAAAAGAAACAAUCAGCGAUUAAAAUACAAAACUGGUGGCGAAGAAUUCGAGAAACACGACCCUACAUCCAGGAAUUUAGAAAUAAACAAAACGUCAUUAUUUUCUGUCAAAGAAUCUGGAGAUCAAAACAAAAAACCAUGAUCCAACGAAACAAUUAUUUGAAACUAAUUGAAACUUGCAAAAAAGUUCAAAUUCGCUAUCGUGCCAAAUUAGAGGGCAAAAAAAUCCGUGAAUCCUACCAGAAUUUAAAAAAUACUACUCUAAUAAUUCAACGACGCUACCGAGCUGUUAAAUUAAUGCAAAAUACUCAUGAAUCAUAUAAAAACAUUUUACAAUCAGCUAAAAAAAUUCAAAUCUGGUGGCGUAGGAUCCUUCAACUAAAAAAUGAUCGAAAUAAAUAUCUUCUAUUAAAAUACGCCGUUGGUAUCAUCGAAAAAAAAUGGCUUCAGAAAAAAAUCAUCACCCCCGAACAAAAGGAAUUUCACACUAAAAAAAUGAGUGCAAUUAUCAUUCAACGGAACUGGAGAAAAUAUUCCCAAUGCAAAUCAAGUGUUCAAAAAUUUCAACAACAACGAAAAUCAUCAAUUAUUCUACAAUCCCAUUGGAGAGGUUUGGUAACAAGACGUGAAUAUCAAGUGAAAAAAUCAGCAUCCAUAAAAAUUCAAAAUUGGUAUCGUUCAAUAAAAUUGACAAAACAAUUGCAAAACGAUUUUCAAAAAAAGAAAUCAUCAAUUUUGAUUUUACAGAAAAAUUUACGAAUGAUUCUCGCCAAGCGAAAUUACUGGCAAAUGAAAUCGUCGGCUUUGAUUAUUGAAAAUUGGUACGAGAAUAUACAACAAACGCGAACAAUACGUCACAAGUAUCUUGAGAAAAAAUCCAAAGUUCAAAUAAUCGAAAACUGGUGGUUAAAUCACAAAAAGGGACAAGUUGAUCGAAAAAAUUAUUUGGAGCUCAAAUCUCGUGUGAUCUUUAUCCAAAGACAAUGGCGGGGAAAAAAAUUAAUGGAAACUACACUUGAAAAUUAUCAACAAAAACGACAAUCUGCCAUUCUUAUACAAUCAUAUUUUCGAAUGUGGCAGCAAAGAAAAAAAUUCAGAAACGAAUUAAAAUCCACAAUUUUCAUACAAAAAAAAUGGCGUUCUAUUUUAUUGGCUAGAAAAACGAGGAACAAUUAUGAAAAUCUACGAUAUUUUGUAAUUACAGUGCAAAAUAGAUGGAGAGCGAAAAAAGCGGCUCAAGAGGCCAGGAAAAAUUAUCUCGAAACAAGGAAGAAAAUAAUUAAAAUACAAAAACAAUGGCGUUGUUACAGGGAGAGGAAAAAUUAUCUCCUCAUUCAAAAUGCAAUUAAAAAAAUACAAAAUCGGUGGAGACACAAAAGCAAGGGUGAUAAAAUUCGCAGGGAUUAUUUACAAUUAAAGCAAACCACCAUUUAUCUUCAAAAUCUCGUGAGAAAUAAACAAAAAGAAAAAAAAACAAGGGAAAAUUAUCAAAAACUCGUUCAAGCAACGAUUAUCAUACAAAAAACUUGGAAAGCCCGAAAAGUACGUCGAGAAUAUGAGAAAUUUAAAAAAUUAAUAAUUCUCCUACAAGCAACAUGGAGAAUGAAACAGGCAAAAAAAAUGUAUAAUCAAAAACGAAAAUUAUUAAUCAAUGUGCAAAGAAAAUGGAGAGCAAAAUUAUUGGCAAGAAAAACAAGAAGAAAAUACAAUAGUCUUCAAUUAUCAACAAUUGUCAUUCAACGUCAUUGGAGACAAAGGAAAUUAACCAAUGAAAUUAGAAAACAAUUUUUGGAUUAUAGACACGCAAUUAUUGUUAUUCAAUCAGUUUGGAGAAUGAAACGUGAGGUGAAAAAUUAUAAAAAUUUGCUUCAAGCAACAAGAAACGUUCAAAGAAUUUGGAGGGGAAAAAUAAGGACCCGACAAUGUAGACGUGAAUUUGAAUCAUUAAAAUCAGCCACAAUCACUCUUCAAAGACAAUACAGAGCAAAUAAAUUGGGUAAAAUCGAAAAAUACCAUUACUCUCAUCUAAGAAUGUCAAUUAUUCUAAUUCAACGAAAAUGGCGUUCAACAAUUGAAACUCGUAAACUGAGACAACAAUUCCAAAAUCAACAAAAUGCGGCAAAAAUAAUACAAAAUCAUUGGCGAUCAUUGAAAAAAAUGAGAGAAACAAGAAAAGAAUUUCUAAAAACAAAAAUGUUGAUCAUCAAUCUACAAAGAAAAUAUAGGGCAAAUGUUAUCACAAGGAAAAUACGAGAAAAAUAUCAAGAAACAAAAAAUGCUGUUCUAAUGAUACAAAAAUGUUGGCGAUUUGUAUUAGCGAGACGUGCAAUGAAAGAACAAUUGGAACAACAAAAAUUAUCAGUGAAAAUUAUUGAAAAUUGGUGGUUAAAUGUUUUGCGAACGAAAAUAAUUCGCGAGGCAAAACGUGAGGAAAUGAGAAAAUUGAAUUUUGCUGCAACAAAAAUACAAGCAAUUUGGAGAGGUUUUUGUGUGCGGCGAAUGAAUACCGCAAGAAUGUCGGAAUUAAGAAUAAGAACGGAAAAUGCCGCUAAACAAGCGAUACCAGCUGAAACAUUGGCAAAUCGUUUGGAGGAUUCAAUUAAUGUCUUUUUAUUUUCCAAUGAUCUUGGUCGAUUGUCAAUGUGUCUUUCUUCAUUAGAUGUGAUAACUCGUUUGUCGCCAAACGGCUGCAUCACAGUCUGUAAAGUUGGAUUAGUUGAUAAAAUUUAUAUGACACUAGUCCGAUCAAAUAGAUCCGUACCUUGGAUGGAUGCUUGCACGAGAGCAACUAGUAUUUUAGUAACAUUGGCAAAAUAUCCUGUAACUAAACCGUAUGUUCUCAAGGAAGAAUAUAUUGAAACAUUGACAAGAUUUUUGACCGUUACUGUUGAAAAAGAAGUCCCAUUAUUUUUACAUCUUUCAACAUUAAUUUGGGUCCUAAUUGAAGAUCCCGAUUAUGCAGAGGCAAUUUUAAGUGAUUCACGAUCAAUUUGGUUGAUCAAUUCAGUGUACAGUACGAUUACAAAGAAAAAACAAAAAACUCCUCAAGCAUCUAUGAAAAUAAAAGAUGAUUUGAUGCCAAAUUCAAAACCAGAUUGGGGACUAAGACAAAAACAACCUCGACUAUUUAAUAGUGUUCUUCACGCGACAACAUCCAUUUUGAGACGUUUAAACGAAUAUAAAGAAAAUGGAGCGUAAAUAUUAAUUCUUUCUUUCUAAAUCUCAUAGACACUUAAUUUCUUUAGCUAAAGAAAAAAAAAUUAUUUUGCUAUUAAAUGACCAAAAUCUAUAAAGGUAGAUGUUAAAAUUAAUAUAAUUUUCUUAAGUUUUUUGAAUUUUUUUUUUCACAAUAAUUUUUUUAAAAAUUCCGGUCAUGAUAUGUGACGUAGCAAAAUAAUUUUGCGCGAUAAAUUUUAAAUUAUAAUUAUGAAAAUUGAGGAAAUAAUCUUAGGAAAGAAUAUUUCAAUUUUUAAGUUAAGAAUAAAUAUAUUACUUGUUUUUUAAAAAAUUAAAUUAAUGAACAAAAAAAGUAUAUUUUGUAAAUUUUGUAAACGUAAAGAAUUUUUUAAUUAGAAACAAUAAGAAUAUGAUAUGAAUAAAAAUAAUUGAAAUAAUAAAAAAGAAAAUUGAAAAUCCAUUUUUAGUAAUACUUUUAUUGCAAUAAAUAUAAUAAACAAUAAUUAUUGUUUUGGCGUUACAUUUUAACAGUCAAUUCUAUACAUAUACAUUGUGAUUAUAAUUUUAGCGUAAAAUAAGCAGAUGUCUAUCGCUAUAAGUAAUACGUUCGCUGCGAGUAGAAUAUUUUUAAAUACAAAAAAAGAAGAAACAAAACAAAGUAUAGCAGCUACAACAAAAUGACGUUUUGAAAUUUUAAUUUUAAUUUUUUGAACUCUCCUCCAAAAUAUUCAAAACUUUUAUUUGUUUCUCUUUCAGAAAAGAAACAAAAUUGUAAAUAAAGGACGAAAUCGACCUAUAAAAAUUCAGUUUAGGAAAAAUUGAUCUAUUUCGAAAUAAAUAUAACUAAAUUAUUAUUAUUCAUUAACAAUCUUACUCGCAUUUAAGGCCUUAUUUAAAGCCACUUAACAGGUGCUUUUUUCGAAAUUUUAUAUUUUAAUUUUUCAUUUAAACGCUAAAUUGAUAAAAAAUCAAAAGUAUACACUCUUGUCAAUUUUGCUCCGGUCUAUUAUUUAUUUAUAGAAAAGUACAAUUAAAAAGUGAAUUGCAAAAAAGGACAGAAUUCAGUUUCUAAAUAUUAAAAACCAGAUUCGAAAUUGAAUUAAAAAAAAA